GACGCAAGAAGAAGAAGAGGAGCGACGCGACGAGAAGGCGCAGCGGAAUCCGAGGAAGUCCAUAGCGAGAGAAGGGGAAGGGAGCAAAUCCGCCGAGGCGGGCAAGGCGGAGCGAGGCGGGGGUGCUCCAUGGCCGCUUCUCCCCCUUCGCUGGCCGAAGCAGUCCCGCCGCCCCAGGAUGCCGCCGCCGCCGCCGAAGUAGAAGACGACGACGACUGGGAUGCGGAUGGGUUUGUUAUUCCUAAUUUGACCACUCAAGAAGAUCACGUUACUGAGAAUAGUUUCCCUAAAUCUAAGGAUCCUGAACCACUGAAGGAGAAAGAGGAGAAGAUAUACUUGGGACCUCAUGGGGCUCCACCAUCUCAAGCAAGGCAGCAGGAACUUAACCCAGUUGGCCGUAAGCAGCGUUUCAGAAAUAAGCUGAAGGAAGCAGAUAGCAAGCUCACUGGCAAUGCUCAGGAGAACAAGUUGGAAAGCCUGAGGGAGCUCAUGGGAACUAGAACAGAUAGCAAGGGCAUCUCAAAGAGCUCUCCUCGUGAUUGGCUUGACCCACACUGCCAUGAGUCUGAGUUUGAUAGGAAGCCACACUAAGCUACUUCCAAGUGAUGAUGCCCUUAUUUCCAACAUAGAUGAAAUGUAUACUGGUGGAUGUUGUUUCCCAAUAAUAGAUACACAUGGUCUCGCUAAUACGUGAAAGAGAAAUGUUUCUGUGGUGUAACCUGAGCUAAAAUUCUAUGAUUUCUUUUCGUGAGUCUCAGGUAUAUAGAGAAAUUGCUUUGACAUGCAUACUUUUAGACGUACAAUUAACAAGGAAAAAAAAAUGAGAAAAUGAAUUGUCUGAGCGGCUUUUACAUCUCUAACCUGGAAGAUGAGAGCUUAUAUGCAAAAUUGGUAACUGAAGUUUGUUUCAAGUUGAUUCACACAAUCAUCCUGAGAUGUGCAUUAUGUUUGUACUAUUUGGUAGUUUUUGUUUGAUUUCUGUAUUUGCCGGUUGUACGUCUAUAUUUUUCUCUUUGUCAUGUAAGAACUGCAUGUAAGCUGAAAUUUACAUGUGCAGUUUCACUGCAUGCCGAUUUCAGGCUUGUAAAUUGUAAUCAAAGAGAAGGCAUCACGUGCGCUUAACUGACAAAGCUGAU